GACUCUUUCCCCGGCGAUUCUGAGCCUGCGGCGCUGCGAAGGGAAGGAGAGCUAAGCCCGCGGAGGGAGGUGCCGCGGAGCCGGCCCAGGAGCUCCAUUGGAUAGAUGUGCUCCUGACCAGCCAGAGGCCCGUGGAGGAAACACCAUGGCCAACCACAGACCCUUUCUUUUCAGAAUGGCUCUCUUUUCCAAAGUGAGACCACUUCCUUGGGGUGCCAGCCAGCCAAAAGGUUGGCCUUGGGCAUUUCUGGGCACAGCAUGUGAGGGAAACGUCGCAGAUGUGGUGACUGAGGGGAGGCAAAGAGAGACAGCAAACCAGAAGGAGGAAUCAAGCCAAAAUCUUGGUUUUUGGCGGAAAAGGUUAGCAGACCAGAUGUUACCCUUGUGGAGGCUGAACUAUGAGGAACAACUGAAGGUGAAAUUUGAAAGUCUGAAGAAAAAUCUGGAGACUCUAGAAACUCGCCUGCGCAAGAUUGGUGCUGGUGACCCAGAGCCCACGGCAGCAAGGUCUGAGAGGCUGUGUUCUCUUCUCCAUCCUUUUAGGCCUUCUCCUGUCAUUGAUAGUUACAGAAAUAAAUCUUCCUUCUCUAUAAACCAAAGCCCAGAUGGCAACUCGACCGUGGGGUACUACCUGAAGUCUUGGGGAGGGUCGAAUAUUUUCUGCGUACAACCUAGCCAUCUGAAAGAUAUCCCUGAAAAGCACAACCAGGUAGCGCAGUGCUUUGAGGCAUUUCUGCGGCAGUCCACGCUGGGUCCCUACAUUGAUUCUCGCAAAGGGGGACCCUGGCAUGAGCUCUUAGUGCGCACCACCUCCCUUGGGCACACGAUGGCCAUUAUCAUCUUCAAUCCCCAGGAAUUAAGGCAGGAGGAGCUCUAUGUUCAGAAGGAAGAAAUAAAGGAAUUUUUCUCCACUGGGCCUGGAGCUGUGUGUGACUUGACCUCACUUUAUGUGAAAGAAAGGACCCCUCGCCACCAACAGCUAACCCCCUUCCAGCUCCUUUCUGGAGAGCCUUACCUCUUUGAAGAAAUCCUGGGCUUGAAGGUUCGAAUCUCUCCAGGAGCCUUUUUUCAGCUUAAUACGUUUGCUGCAGAAGUUCUCUACCAGACAGUGGGAGAGCUGGGAGGAGUGGACCCCAACACUGUCAUCUUCGAUUUUAGCCAUGGAACUGGUGCCACUGGCCUCUCCCUGGCUCGGCAGACAUCCCAGGUCUUCAGUAUGGGCCUGGUAGGGCAGGCGCUGGAGGACGCUAAAUGGACUGCAGCCUUCAAUGGCAUCACCAACUGGGAAUCUCACCAUAGCAACAUGAAGGAGAUUAUGCCGCAGCUAUUAGAGUACCAGGAGGAUGGCCGGUCACUCAUGGCUUUGGUGGACCCAUCCCAGUGUGGGCUGAGUAGCAGAGUGGUUCAGGACAUCCGAAACUGCAAAGCCAUCCAGACGCUGGUUUUUGUCUCCUGUAGGCCCUAUGGUAAAUCCAUCGAGAAUAUCAUUGAGUUGUGCCGGCCCCCAGACCCUGAUGGGAGCCUCCUCGGUGAGCCUUUUGUUCUGAGACGAGCUGUGCCGGUGGACAUGUUCCCCCACUCCCUCCAGUGUGAGCUGGUGAUGCUCUUUACCCGGUGAUGAGCUCUCCUAGAAGAACACAGGCUGCCCAUUAAGGACUGAAUGUCACAUCAGGAUAGCUUCUUUGCUUGCCUUGAGCUUGGCUGUACCUUGAGAAGACAGUUGUUGGUUCCUCCUCUAAGAAGAAAGGAUAUAAAAAGGCUUCCUGACUGAGGCAGGCGUUUGCUUUAUCUUGCCUCUGGUGCAUCGAUGGUGGCCUAGUUAUUUUUGUAUCUCUCCCCUACCCUCACCCUGUGCCUAGCACAGUGCUUUGUACAUAGUAGGCCCUUAAUAAAUGGUCAUCAAUAAAUUGUGUCUUAACUGCU